AUGCUUCUAUUGAAUCGAAUCUCGAUAUGCAGUUCAGGGUGGAGAGAUCAUCGAUAUUCGUCAUCGCAUAGAUUCCGAUGUUCAACUUGUGCAAAUCUUAGUUUGACUCCAGAUGAUAGUCCAGUCACUGGAAUGAGCCUUAGGGCCUGGAAAAUGGUCGAAGAUAUCAUUCCUGGUACUUUUCGCGGAAAAGAUCCGAAGAUUAAAAUUCUCUUUAGCUUUUCAAGAGCUCUAAUGUGGAUAAUUCUACCCAAGCACUCGUAUACUACCGAGUACUUCUACGCUCUGAAUGUGAAGUCUAAGACGAGGGUAAAUCUGAAAAAUGAACCAGACCAACUUAACCUGGUGAUGAAUAAAAUAUGGAGUGAAAGAUUCACUCUCUUUGGCAAUCAUGAGCUGAAAGUACAUCUCACUCGAUCUCUUGCAGUUUGCUUGUACGUGACAUCUCGUGAUGUCAGCCAGCCAGCAAGCAUCAUACAGCAACGAAUUGAUGCCCAAAGGCUGUCAACAGACCGGCGCUUUCCGAGGGACGUCAUCAAAUGCGUGUCUAAGGCCUGUGUAUAUUCAAUAUUUGCUGCAUGUACCUGUACAAUGAUUGUCCAGCACCAAUAUCCGUACGAAGUUAUGGCGUUCAGGCUGGUUAAGGAAUACGACAUGAAUUUGGGAACUUACGCCUGCGAAGUACGAUCCCAGUUAUCUUGCUUAAGGGUGAGAAAUGGGCACGAAUCCCCGAAAAAGUUCUUGUGGUCUUGGAGAAAUUCAGAACACAAUGAUCGACUCGGAAAUCCAGAACUUCAUGCUCGCUUUGCGUGCCUGCUACAACAUAGCCGUGGACACUCUACGAACCACAGGGUGAAUAUUCGAGCUAAAGCUGUGCUGUCACCACUGAAUAAAAGCGAAGAGCCUAGUUCGCAGACCACAUUCAAUGCAAAAGCAGCAAGAAUCGUCUUUUUUGUUUUUCAUGAAUUGGUCGCGUUUACCAUGAAUGAUGUCAAUGUGACAGUGAUCACACCGCACAUACUCCUGAACUCGAGUGCAGGGGCUGCGUUGUAUACGACUUCUGUGACGAUGGGACUUCACCAGUCCGGACGGACUUCAGAUCUAAUUGGAAACUUCUCAUUCAAUCCUCUGUCAACGCCCCAUACGAUCGACAUUGUCUCCAAUGACACAAUCGUUAAAGCUUCGCUGAAUGGAGGACCAGGUGCUUUGAAAGAACUUCAGACACCGAGAUUGUCGUCUCGGUGCACCACAGCAGCAGCCUCGGGCGAAGACAAUCAGACACUCAGACGGAAGUCAACCACAUGCAGAUCACAUCCGCCGGUGUACAUGGUCCCUUGGCCCCUUAGUGUGGAGACUCGACAGCGAUCCGAUUGCUCAUGCGCCAUAGUAGGAGCUAUUGCGCUCCAAAAGGCACGCUGUCAUCCACUGGCUCCAGAUCCGCCUAUAAAAGCCGAAAUCUGUGUAUCAGUUUUACAAGCUUCACUGACUCUUAGACUCUCAGUCUCAGAGUUCAUCAGACCAAGCAUCACUGAGUGCUCUCUUCUAGCUCUCCGCACUUCAUCGCCUGCAGUCAUGAGGACCAAGUACACCAUCGCCGUUGCAGUAGCUGUGAUUCUAAGCAUAGCGACCUUAGUGGCGGCUACUUCUUACCAAUCCAAGUGCUAUAACGACUCGGAACACGAUGUCGAGGUCAGGAUCAAGCUGAUUCUUGGUCUCGAUGUCCUGGGCCUGAUCACCGUCGUCAAGCACACGGUGGUAGACAUCCUCUACACUCUCAGCGGUUUGAUAGCUGGUCUGCUCGGACUCACAUGGAACCUCAGCUGCAAAAUCAACAACAUCAUCUACAGUUGUGACGUCUAUGUUCCAGUGGGUGGCACAGUGAGGUGCUAUGACGAACUGAACAAGGUGGCGGUGUCGGUCAAUGGUAUCUUCCAGACGUAUAUGACCUAGUAAAUGAGCAUCUGAGCAUAGCUGAAAUCGAUCUUCUGGACGCGUUUCGGUGCCAUUUUGCUAUGGAGAUAGUGUCUGAUGCAUUGCGGUUUCGUACGAACGCGAUGGCCUCAGCAUAUGCAAAACCAUCUGGUUGACUCAACGCAUACAGGAGCAUAGCUACUGCCUCAAAAGUAUAAUGUAUAAUAAUGUACCAGACUGUAUACUAGAAGAGGAUGCUUCGAAGCUCUGAGGAAGUGCGUGUAGUACUGGCAGUCAAAAUCUUUUAUGCUGAGUGCAACGAGCGCUCAGACGCAAGUUUUUUGACCGUCCAAUUCGCAUGUAAAGCAUUGCCUACUCAAUAAAGUGUCUUUCUGG